GGCAGAUAGGGAAGGAGUCACAGGAGCUGCACACAGCUCUUGGAUGCUUUUGCAGCACUGAGAACUGAGCUUCAAGAGGAGAUUUGUAAUUUUCACAAACACAGAUGGAGCGUGAAAGAGGAAUAGAGAUGGUUGGAACGUUGGAUUGUCAUCAGAAAGGAGGAGACGAUAUGUGAUAAGGUAAAGAAGAUCAAACACUUUGCAUGAAUGAGGUAGAAGAAAAUGGUGAACUUGAAAAGCUGAGACUCAUAUCAUCAUUAGCCCUAUGAUAAUCUUUUAUUUUGUUUGUGUUUUGCUAAUAUUAGUACAUAAAAAUGUGAAUUUCUGUUCAAGAAUGUGAUUUCAGACUGUGAUUUCAGGUGUCAUUCACAGGGACCCAGACGGCGUGGAGAUGUACGCCUUCUACUCCCUUUUAGUCUACAUCUUUUACACUGUCUUCAAGAAGGAGGAAGAGGAUGCCUUGGAGGGCGCGUAUGGAGCUUCCUCAGAUGUAUGUCUAGCCACCUCAUGUCUAGCCCUCAGGGGUUCUCUGUAGGCAAAACCGUUUUCUUGCAGGAGGACAUGCAUGACUCACCUUCCACCUGACAGUGAAAAAACUGUCGUCUCUAUCACAGAUAUUGUGGUGGUGUCCGUUUUUUUUUUGCAUUUUGUACGUAUUUCUGUGUAUGCAGAGUAUUAAUAUUUUGCUUGUUUGGUAUUAUCUGACCCUCGUGAAUGUUGCUUCACUCAGGAGGGAGGACCUGUUUCCAUGGAAACAGGGAGCAGGAGAAGAGAUGGCCACACCCCCAAAAUAGAAAAAAAGGCUUUUGUUCGGCAUGGUGAAUCAAGUUAGUGCUUUGAUAUUUUUCAGAAUUUUCUGAGUCAACACAAAAGCUGUUUGAAUGUUUAAAAGGAAAAUACAGUCUAGAUCAGCUUUAUAUGGAUUAACUGGAGCACACAUAUCUUCACUCUUUAUUCUAUGUGCUGUUAUCCAGGCAGUAGCAGUGACAGUGAUGAAAUGUCUCUGAGCGAUGAAGAUGAGGAAGCUGGUCAUGACAUCCCAGCAUGCACCCCUCUGGCUGCCUUUUUGUCCUUCAAGCAGGAGAGCGAGAAGAGGAGGGCCUCGCAGGUUCAGCUGGAAACAACUGGAAAGGUGAGAAAAGAUUGUCUUAUCCCCUGAACCAAGCAGCUCACCUGAUGCAGUUGAGAGCAUCUGCAGUGAAACCCAACUUUUUCCCGUGUGUGCUUCUGUGCUGACCAGCUAUCCGAAUCUCCCCUGGUGGCCGUGAUGUCCCACUUGCUGACUUUUCUGGAGCAGUACUCUCACUUCCAGCACCUGCAGCAGCAAGCAGACCAGUACCGAGUCCAGCUGAAGAGGCACCGUGUCCAGCACCGACGCCAGAUGAAGGCCCUGCGUGCUUCCUACCGACAGCGCCUUAGGGACAAAAAUAGCAUCAUCAGCACCCUGGAGGAGGCCAUCAACCAACAGCAGACCCCCAGUCCAAUAAGUGAAGGUGAGGAAGAAGAGGAGGGGAUGAAGGGUGUAAUUAAGCUGCAGGAUUGAUUGGUUUGUGGUGGCUGUGAGGAUGAUGAAAAUCAGAGGGAAACAGAGGUCAGGUAUCUGUUUUAAUAACUGAACACAUAAAUAGAUCAUCAGGUGUGACAGAGGAGCAGAAAGGCUGCAGGGCACUUUCAUUUAAAUCAAUGAGAGGACCUAGAGUGGAUGAGAUCAUCUAAUAGAAGAAGAUGGAUUGGGAGGAUAAUGAAUGUAGACAGCCACUUUCACAUGCUUGUCACAUCAGGUGUAUUUCCACGGGGGUUUCACAACAUUCAUAAUUUUUUGUGCUCCCAGAAUUUUUUUUUCCAUGCGUGCACCAAAAUCUAUUUAAAACUAUCAAGGAGUCAUGAAUUCUUUAGAGGGUCUCUUGCAGAGUUUAUUGCCCCCUUUGUUGGCUUACACAAGAUUAGAUUUUGUUUUACAGGGGGCACCGACAUCAGAGCGGCAGACUGAUUAGAUUUCUGUGGGUGUUGGGCGAAGCUUUAGAUGUCUGUGUUUCAGAUGUGACCAGAUGCCUCUCUGACCUCAGAGUAGGAGGCUAAAGCAGACACACAAACUGCACAUCACUCCUCUCUGUGCAUAUGUACUGCUUGGUUACAAGUGCACAACACCAUGAAGUCUAGGACAGAUCAGAUCCGUGCUUGUAGUCAGACCGGUACAGCUGAGAUAAGCAUGCUUAAAUGUAUAGAAACCAGGCCUUUUUACAUGACUCUCAGUGUGUAGGUGUGUAAGCAGAGGACCUCAUGCAUACUGAUCCUCAACGAUCUCAGGAAUGAAAUACACAUUUACAAAAUGAGCGUGUGUGUAUAGUGACUCUGCGGCUGUCUGUCAUGAAUAAAACAUGCCUGAGAGUGCUGUUUUAUUCCUCGCAAACGCACUUACAAGACCGGGCACAUGCAAGGCGCCACGUGUACUUGUGUUGGGCUAAAAAUAGCUGGGAGUCCUCGUCCUUGUGUAAGGAGGCUGUUUGGCCUGUUUGUGUACUGUGAGGCAAAAUGCAGGGUUAAGCGGAGGAGUGAUGCUCCACCUGUUAGAUGUGCUGAAUCUCUUCCAUUUGAGCAUCAUGACUGUGUUGUGAUCUUAUCACUGUUAGAUAUAAAUAGAUGUUGCUCCAUUCGGGGGUCUCCCUUUUUUCACUGUAUCUUUUUUCUUAGUGGAGGACAUCAGUUUUCUUGCAUUUUCUCUAAUUGCUGUAUUAAAACUCUACAAAGCUAAUUCUCUGCCUCUGCGGACCAGCUUAUCUCGUGGUCUUCUCACGUUUUUUGCAAGCACGUUUCUGUCAACCCCCCUGAUGCACGGCUGUAGCGUCCCCUCCCCCAUGUUUAUUUCUUUAUUUUUUUGUUCCUGGCACCAUCACCUCUCCCUGAACCACUGUGACACAGCAAACCCGGCACAGUGUGGUGAUAGAAUCAGCCCAGGGCUCUGUUAUGAAAAUUCGGGGUGACAGAACCUGAUAAAUCUUUAAUGCAGAAUACACAGAUAAAAAUGCUGUUGGGUAUGCUGCUGCUGCUGCUGCUCAGCUUCCUGAUAAACAAUAGAGGAGUUUUAUAAAACUGAAACUUGAUUCUGCACUCAACGCAGUCUUCAUGUGAGAGGCUACAGAAAUCCUAUGUGAGGCUCCGGAGAACACAGCAAUGAUAGUGUUAACUCCAGCAUAAUGCACCGUGACUACAUGGUGUGUAAAAGAACUCCAAGUGCAAACUUACUGCUCAUUAAUAUUACACACACUCUCAGAAGCAUUGAAGUGUACUGCAGAGAUUAGUCACAUCUAAAAAGAUUACAUACAGCAAACAGGUCAGAUGAGGUUCAGAGGAUAGCUGCUGGUUCUGUUUCUGGGUGAUGUAACAUGAAUACAGGUCCAAAGAUGACAGAGUAUGAUUCAUUUUGUUGUACUGUUUUAGUCUGCUGUCAAUACUCCAAGUGAAAAUGGUGAUAAAAAAAGGGUUUUAUUUGUGUUCAUCCCUUUCAGGCGAGUCCAGCAGUGAUGCAGGAGCUGGAGUUCACAAGCUGGUGGAGUCUCUGUACGGGCUGCAGGGUGAGAGGAGUAAACUGAGAGGAGAACUGCGUCUGCUACACUCAGAGCUGGAGCAGCAAAACAAAGACAGACACUCACGCAUACAGGCUUUUCAACAGCAGGUACAAGGUUCUAUAUUUAAUGACACCUAUAAAACUGUCGCUCUGGAGAAGGUCUAAUGUGUUAUAGCAAAAUCUUAAACACGAAAGCCUCAUUUCCAGUGAGAAUCUUCAUCAUAAGAUCCUGCAAAAAUGACUGUCAGUUAAAGUUAAAUUAAAUUUUAUGUUAUGAAAACAUUGAAGCAGAAGCAAAUCCAGUUCUUGCACAUCUCUAUAAAUGUUGAAUGUCUUGAGUCCUAUAUCAUUUUACAUGUAUGUAAAUGUUGUAAAUAUUUAAUGUGACUCUAUAUGAUCUACUCUUAACUGCUUUUAAAGCCAGGUCUCUCUUGCAAAGGUAAAAAGCAUCUCAGGAGACCCUCUGAAUAAAAAGAGUGACAGAAUUUUGCAUUUGCUACAGAAAUGGGAGAACGUGAGCUUCACCGUGUCUGUUUUCUCAAACCAAGUCUGCAACUAUAAAUCAUUCUUUAAAAUAUCUUGCACAGAUUGAUGAGCUGAAGACUUGCAUCGAAGAGCGAGAAGAGGAGCUGACGAGACUGAGAACAGCAGCGGUGAGUGAUGUGAUCUGUUGACUUAGUCUUCUGUCAAGUGUGUUAUCAGCAAAGCUUAAAACACCCACUGAAUGAAACACUAUGUCAUUGGAAUACCAAAGAACUCAUCGUGCCUUUUGUAACAGCUUAGUUUUAGAUCCGUACAUAAAAAACAUCUUUUUAGCAAUCCUGAUUCUCAUCUCUGUGCUGAACUUUUGUUUUCCUCAGGGGGCCACAGACUCAGAGAAGCGAGUCCUGUGUCUGUCAGCAGAAAAUGAGAGUCUGAAGCAGAGCCUGAGUGUGACCCAGGGCCUCCUGCAGCAGCUGUCAGCCAUACCAUCCCAGUCCAGCAGCAUGCUCAUCAAGGCGAGACACAGCAGCAUGACUGAGAGCUCACAGAUGUAUCAUUUUGUUAUCCAUCAGCAGCUGCCGAUCCAAACGCUUGUUAUUUACUUGUUUUCUUACGUGCUCUGCUAGGAGAACGAGAACCUGCGCUGCAGAGUGCAGCAGCUGGAGAUGUCUCUCCAACAGCGUGCCGAGCAGCUUUCACAGCUGGAGCGUCACAGCGAACAGAGCGAGUGGAGGAGAGGAGAGGAGCUGAGGAAACGUGACGACAGAGUGAGGGAGCUGCAGCUGGAAUUGGACAAAGAGAGAAGCAAGGAGCCGGUGGUCCAGGUAAAAAAAAGAAUGAGCAUCCUUUUUAGAGUGUUAUUUUGGAGGAUUUUAAUCAGACUCUUUUCCUUGUCAGUAUGUCACCAAGACCGUUGAAGUGGAAUCACCUGCGACACUGAAGCACCUCAAUAAAGCCAGACAGAAGAAUGAGCUGCUGUCUGAAAAGCUGUCCAAACAGAACGAGCGCUGCAAACAGCUCGAGGAACAAAUCAGGAAGUCAGAUGAACAUAGCUGUAAUCUGCAGCAUAAGGUAAGAAAUACAACUCUUGCAAUGUCGCGUACGUCCGUCAUAUCUACUUCUUGAAAAAGGUGACACAAUUAUACUGACCCAAACAGGCAGAUGGAAUUGAAUUAAACAUGCAGUAAUACAUUUGUUCUAUGUUGACAUAUACUUUAUUUAAUGCCUGGGUUUUAAAGGAGGAGAUACAAUAUUUCACUAAAUCUGUUUGGCUACAAAUUAGACAUAAACCUCCUCAAUCUGGGCCUCCGACAACAAUGCUCGAUAGUUACAUUAAAUGUACAUCUAUUGUCAAAGCCAUUUGUUGUUUUUCCUUUUGUGUUUGUAUUUUGUAACCUAUUUAAAUUGUAAUUGUCCUGGUGCCACACCAGGUGGCGUGAAGUCCUGAGUUUGGUUUGUUAUAAAUAGAAGAAGACACAAUUAGUGGCAGGUGUGUUGAUAGCUGGAGGAGCAAACAGUUUUUUGACCAUCAUCAUCUUCAUCUACAUCAUCAUCAUCCUGUCGUCGCCAUUUGUCGGAAUUUGCCUUUGUCUUUAUUUUGCAUUUGGUUUCUUUUACAAAAGAAAAAUAAACAAGGAAAAUGUGACCUGGACUAACUGUUUCAUUUACAUGUGGGAAACGAGUAGGCAAUCUAAGGAAAGUAAAAUGGCAACAAAUCCCCAAUUGUUCACUAAAUACCACCAUCUUUUAUUUUUAGAAAUGAACAGUACAGAAUUGAGAAAGUCCAGAGAAGCCAAUGAACCACAAACCUGAUUAAAGAGAAGAGAAAACAUCAGACAGAGAAAGGACAUUUCCUCUCCUCUAACUGAAUUAACAAACUAAAUCCAUUUUCAUUGACUGAUGAUCUCAUUACAGCAGUAAUCCUGCACAGAUUAGACCCGUCAAGAUGAUGCACUGACAUAUUGCUGUGCUCAACCUUAUUACAGAUCGCGGCGUAUGAGAGAGAGAUCAGCACACUGAGAGAGGAGCUGCUGAAAGAGAUCGGCCAUUUGGAGGAGAAGAAGGAGGAAGCUGUGAGAGCUGCUGCCAACUGCUCAGCCGAGCACUUUCAGGACCUGCAGGAGCAGUUUUUCAGUGAGUGACAGUCAAUAAGCAUUCUGGGAAAUCAAUUUUUUCUGCAAAACAAUGAAUUAAAAAUGAGGUUUGACAUUUCGUGAAAAUUGGUUACAUGCAGUCCUCUUGCUAAGAGUUGCUUGAUGAUCAUAACACGUGAUGCUCCAGCCAGCAACUGGUUAGCAUUGCUUGGCAAGAAGACUGGAAGGAAAACCAAUAGUCUAAGGUCACAAAAUCCACCUAGCAGCACCUAUAAAUCACACCAACUCUGUAGUAAGGGGUAUUGAAUAGGGAGUAGACUGUGAUGAUAAUUAGAUUCCUGACAGAGGGAGAAAAAUCUUAAGGAUUAAAAGUUGUGCCAGACUUUUUCUGGCAAACUGGAUAGACGUCCUGGACUUGUCAUCACUUUUCAGGCUAAGCUAAGCUAAUUGACUGAUUUUGUGAGCAAUACCAAUAUUUUUUUAUGUAGUGCUGCAAAAAAAGGCAAAUAUUGUACAUCCUAAAUGAAACAAACUAUCUGUGUAUUUGUUCAAGAAGAGAAGUGUGAGAUUCCAAGUGGUUUUUUCUCUUUGUCAGGCCUACAGAAGCGUCUGACUGCACUUCCUCCAACUUUACGCUCCAUGAAAACAGACUACACCAGCCUGAGGAGCCAGAUUAGAAACUUUUCCGAUUUUUAUGGAUCAGCCAUCAAUGACGCAAAAAAACAGGUGUGUACAUCCACAUCAAUGAACAACUCGUGAUAAAUGAUCGAUCUGAUCCAAUCAACGUGCUUAGUACAGUUUUCUGACUUUACUUGUCGUCUUCGUCAGAUUUCAGCAGUUAUCAGCGAGAUGUCUGAAGCCAACAAAGACCUUUUGGAGAAAUACAGGAAGGAGGUUGCACUGCGUAGGAAGUACCAUGAGCAACUGGUGGAGCUGAAAGGUAAAAGAAAACAAAAAUCACCCCCAGAACAACCUGUUUCAUUACCUCGGCCUCUUUUUUUAUAGGAAACAUCCGUGUGCUGUGCCGCGUGAAGCCUGUGCUGAAAGAGGACCAGCGUGAGGAGGGCCAGUCUGUGGUGGUGACCACAGACCCCAACAACGAGUCCUCGCUCAACGUGCUGAACAAAGGAAAGGAUCGGAUCUUUGAACUGGACAAGGUGUUCCACCCUCAGGCCACUCAGGAAGAGGUAUGAACACAAACAGCAUUCACAGAAAACUCAAAGGUAGGAGAACCUAAACUCAUUGCUUGUUUUUCUCAGGUCUUCCAGGAGAUUGAGCCUCUGGUGACGUCUUGCAUUGAUGGCUACCAUGUCUGCAUAUUUGCCUACGGACAGACUGGCUCAGGAAAAACAUAUACAAUGGAGGUGCUGAGUUUAGUCCAACUGCAUCAGAGCAGCCGUAGAGUGAUGGUACACAGAUGUUCACUGCAGGCGAAAUAUUUUCAUCUUUAAUCUUGUUUUUCAGGGCAGUGCAGAAAACCCAGGCAUCAACAAGCAAGCGCUGAAACAACUCUUCAAUGUGAUUGAGGAGAGAAAGGACAUGUGGUCUUACAACGUCACUGUCAGCUCUGUGGAGAUCUACAACGAGGUGCUAAGGUACUGCACUCCCCUAUUUUCUGUCUUUUUUUUCCUCUUAUUUACAGUUUAGAGACGUUGCUUGUUUUGUUGGUAAAUCUUAGAGACCUGCUGAGUAAGGAUGGAGAGAAACUGGACAUUAAGAUCAACCCAGACGGGACGGGACAGCUGCAUGUGCCAGGCCUAAGGGUCAUUGGGGUGAAGAGCUUCCAGCACAUCAAGAAGGUGACACAGAGCGCUUUAAAUCAUCUACGCCUGUCAAAAUAGGAAUUAUCAAUCAGUAAUGGUCACUUUUUCUUGUAUUAAUACAGAUUUUAGCCCAAGCCAGAAGGAACAGGAUCACCUUUGGUACUCAGAUGAACCAGCACAGCUCCCGCUCCCACGCUCUCCUCUGUAUUACAGUUGAGGGCACUGACCUCGCCUCUGGAUCCAAAACCACCGGUCAGUGACACAUCCAUUUAUUUGGAAAGCUUCUCAUAUCACAAAUUUGAAUGAAAUCAGGUCUGGGAUUUACAUCGAUUAAAAAAAAACCCUGUUUUUUGCUUUGAAGCUUUGUUUAAAAAGUUUUUAUGAAAGCUCCUGAUCAGGAUUUAGUCAUCAUCUCAACUUUAAUCCAAACGUCUCUGUCCUCAGGCAAGUUGAACCUGGUCGACCUUGCUGGCUCUGAGCGGGUCUGGAAGUCUGGUGCGGAGGGAGAGAGGCUAAAGGAGGCCCAGAAUAUCAACCGCUCCUUGCUGGCUCUGGGGGACGUCAUUCAGGCACUGAGAGCUCGGCAGACUCACAUCCCUUUCAGGAACUCACGUCUUACAUACUUAUUACAAGACUCCCUGGGUAAAGGCAGCAAGACUGUCAUGGUGGUCCAGGUAAAACAGAUUUAAAGCUUUAGAUGUGGGACAUAUAGUAUUAAAAUUGAUAGUUUUUAGUUUCAACAGCUUUGUUGUCUUUCUCUGCCAAAGGUGUCUGCGUUGGAGAGUAACGUGGGAGAGACACUGUGCUCCCUGAAGUUUGCCCAGAGAGUGUGUAAGGUGGAGCUGGGUCCUGCAGCCAGGAAGAUUGAAUCUGGUGGAGGACAGUGUGACUGAAUCAGCCUUUUCUUCUUCCUAGUGCUCUGUUUAGAUUAUCAUUCAAACUUCUAACCAAUCAUAACCCUACAGUAUCCAAAAGGACAACAGAUAACCAGCUCAAGGGCUAAAUCUGCAGAGGAGGUUCACCAACCUUUGAUUUUAGGUAGGUGUUGCAGGAUUUGGCCUCCUCUUUGCCAUCUUCUGCUCCUGACAUCCCUUUAUCAUGAAAUAACCUGCAUGCAGGAGGAUUCAUCCUUCUACGAGUGCCAAAACAACCUCCAACUCUCACUAGAUCUUGGAUUUAAUACUCCCUUGACUUGCAAUGUGUCAGUUUCCUUUCAUGAAAUACCAAAGUCAAGGAUUCUUUUCAGCCUUUUGACGCUUUUUCUUGCAGUAUUAACAGGCUUUUGUUCAGACCGGCUUAACAAGCUUCCAGACCGACAGUAUCAACACUUGACUUUUUGCAGUAUUGAAUCAUCUCGCUAUGAAUAUCUGUAGUUCGUGGGCUUCAUCUCUAGUGUUGUAUAUUUUUAAAGCUGUAGUUUGUUGGAAAGUCUGUUUCAUAGAACAAGUACAGGCAGUUAUGUAAGAUUUUAAUGUCACUUGAGUCACAUAUUGGUGUAGUUAUUUUGUGAAUUUCAGAGAGGCGGUGGUGACUACACUCUUUCUUUCUCUUUGGAGCUUUGUUCAUCAGCCUUUUGGGAAACAGGAAAGCUUCUGAAUGGAUCAGGUGGCCUUUAUGUAAGAGUCUUAAUAUAACAAACAGUGCAAUAUCCUCCUACUGAGGGAACCGUUUGGGCCUACAUAGAUCGAAGAUGCACUUUAUCGUGAAAGGAGGGUCUAGUUUGAGAACAGGUGUUAAGAUGCUUGCAAUAGAUCUCACAUGUGAAUGUCAUAGAAAAAAAAAACCUCAUUGCUAUUUGUUCACCAUUCCUCUAUUUAUCACCAAACGGAUCAAUGAACUUUUGAUUCAAGUGUAGCAGACAUUAAUGAUGCAGUAAGUAAUGUAGAGGUCACUUCAUGAUGAUUAGAGAGUGAAUUUACAGGUCAUUUUCUGAAUAAAUAUGACGUAUUUAACAAG